CUCUCCUUUUCUCUUUUCUUUCCUUUACGCAUUUCUUUCCCUCUAGGCCGCCCUUUCUCUCCUGUCCUUUCGUUGUGAAAAGAGGAGUGAGCGGCGAAGACUAUCAAACUCUCAUAAAACUGUCAACCGCGGCCACCAGGCUGACUUAUGUGCGCCCCUUCCUUAGCCGCGGUUGGAGAGAAUCACACGUUUUCAGGUUGAAUCUGCGCCUUUCGCGCUACGAACGCGCGACGAUCCCAUCUUGGAAACUUGUUAACGAAAGGUCAGACGUAACGCACAUCUAGAAAAAGGGCGGUCGGAAGUGAGUCCGAUCAUACGUCCGAUUCACGGUCCCGCGUUGCAAUAUGCAAGUACAGCAAUUUGCACUAAUAAAACGUACUUUUCUUCCAUCUCCUGAUCAAGAAGAGAUACGGUACGUAUGAUGGAGCUAAAAUGGAUUCGCGACGGAUGAAAUCGACGAAGAUACGGUGAUAUUAAUGGGCGAAUCGUUUUCGGUCGAUCAGUAAGGAACAAUCGCGCCUUCGGUGUUCGUACCACCCCUUUUCUUUUUCGUCUGUCUUCAGCCGCGAGACUAUACAGUAGGGGGCGCGUGCGCGCGUAGCCCCCCUCGCAAAGCGGACGGAAGACUGCUUCUUGGUGACGUCGCGGCUAGAAGGCUGCAGAGGAGAACGAGAGAGCGAUCGAGAUACUUCUCCCCCACCAGCGGUUUCACAGGGCUCCCGAAUAUCUCUCCAUUAGCCCCCCUGACGGUGCUAUCCCCUCUCCUUGACCCCUCUCUCGCCCUCUUUCUCUCUCUUACGCACACCCCUCUCAUCGGUUCCUGUCACGUCGGGUAGCAGCCGGGCAACACUACCACACGACGAGCGCCAGCGGUAGAGCGGAGACUCGAGAACGGAGACGCAAGGAACGGGGUUGAAGAAUCGUACGCCGACGGAGAGACCAAUCAAGGUUUGACGAACGGCAGGGAUUGGUCGAGGCGCUCCUCUGACACGCAGAGAGCGCGGGCACGUGACAAGCUACCGCACACACCGGCCUUCCGUUGGAUCGUGGCGAAGCCUUCAGUACGAUACCAACCACCCUUCGCGCACGCAACAAGAACGGCGGCGAACUCGCGUGCGGGUACACACUCUUCACCCUUUACCGUGAAGUCGAAUCGCCUCUACCGCGUUGCCGCGUUGCCGCGAUAUAUAAAGCCGUCUGUUAAGUGCAACACCUGUGACAACAUUCAACCGCAAUUAAUCAUCGCGUAAAUAAUUUUAAUGCGCGCACAUAUGUGUUACUUGGCAUGUUAUUUCAUUGAGAAGAGACUUUACAAGGUCAUCUUCAAUGGGGCGCCUCGAUAAGCUGUUCGUUACGCGCUACUGCACGAUGGGCCCACAAGUUCUCUGUAGGUAAUCGCGACUCCUGAGCUCAUAAAGAAGCAGAAGACAGUUUUAUAGCCCAGGCCCACGUGGCCCUCAUAAACUUGACUCGCAGGUCGGUUCGAAUUCAGGCUCGACCCGCCUGCCGCCAGACGUCUGCCUCUCUCUCUCUCUUUCUCUCUCUUUCUCUCUCUCUUUCUCUAUUAGUCCUGAACCCCUCGUUCAUUAUCGAAUCGCUUAGGGACGUGUUUCUGUCGCGUGUAACAGGUCGUGAUAGCUGUGAAUCGUUCGACGAACAAGGUGAAACUUGUACUCGGAGUAGCCGGUCACGUGUGUCUGUCGCGCGAUUUCUGUCAUUGCAAGCACGAUGACAAGUUUCUAUACUUAAUGACGGCGCGCGUUGUUCAACCGCCUCAACCGAUCGAACACAACGCGUUCAGUGUUUUCGGUGAAUGACGGAACACAGACGUGCACGAUAUUGAUAUAGUGACGUUGACGGCAGGUGAAGGUACGUGAAGAAUGAGUUCCUAUCAGUUCGUCAACUCGCUCGCAUCAUGCUACGCGGGUCAACAGCCACAGCAACAGCCAAGACCGACCGCGAAUUCGCCUGGAGAACCGAUGCAGGCAGCAUCGCCGGCCGGUGGCGAGUACUACAAUCCAAAUGCAGCCUCCACCAGCUAUCCUGCACCUUGUUACUCGCCACAACAGCACUAUCCCCAGCACCCUUAUGCCACGCCGGCGUCGGGUAUGCAGCAUACAGCACCGACAGGAAUGAUAGACUAUACCCAAUUGCAGCCGCAGCCUCGGCUAAGUGCGACCACGACGUCACAACAACACGGUAUGCACGCUCAACAGUCGCAACAUCAUCAGCAGCCACAUCAUCCUCAGCAACAACUUCACGCGGAUCCAACGACACCUCUUCUGCAGGGCGCUUCGGCACCCUCGGCACCGUCAACGUCCAGCUGCAAAUAUGCUGAUUCGACAUCGUCCACCAGUGUGGCAUCUCCGCAAGAUUUAACCACAUCUACUUCGAGAAAUAGCCCAACGCCCUUAGUCGCGCCCGGUACAAGUAAAGCCGCAUCAGGAUUGACUUCACCACCUGGUAGCUCGUCAAGGUCGUCUGUGGCUGCGUCCGCUGCUUCACCACCCAGUGGUAGCUCGAGGGGCGUCGGCGAGGGAAAUUCAACGCUGACAACAGCAUCUUCCGCUUCGUCGCCCGCUUCCUCUACAUCCAGUACCUCUAGCACGGGUAACAAUUCGUCCAACAAGGGGAACACUUCUGGCACUAACCCGCCUCAAAUAUAUCCAUGGAUGAAGAGGGUUCACAUUGGUCAGAGCACGGUGAACGCGAACGGUGAGACGAAACGACAAAGGACCUCCUACACCAGGUACCAGACGCUGGAGCUGGAGAAAGAGUUUCACUUCAAUCGCUACCUGACAAGGCGGCGUCGCAUCGAGAUCGCGCAUGCUCUCUGUCUCACGGAACGUCAGAUAAAGAUCUGGUUCCAGAAUCGGCGUAUGAAGUGGAAGAAGGAGCACAAGAUGGCGAGCAUGAACAUCGUGCCGUACCACAUGUCGCCGUACGGGCACCCUUACCAGUUCGCGCCCCACCCCGGCCAGUUCGCUCACUUGGCCACAUAGGACGAGUUCUCGCCCGCCGAGCUCGGAGCACACGCUGUCCGGUUCCCCGGGAUGUACGGCGAGCAGAACUUCUAAAGGGCUUUUUCCGCCUUGGACCCCGCGCGCUACGUCACGACGCUGUCACACUUUGUGACUUGGCGGGGUCGAGGGGGGGAGGGACUUCACUUCCAGUAGGACACAUGGUGCGUUCCGCUGAUUCCGCAAUGCCGAUGGUUGGAUUGCCGCCUGGGAGGAGCGAGAGAUCGUAUCCUUCUUUCGCAGGUCAAUUACGUACUUAAAUUAUUUACGCGUUUGCUGUUGGUUUGUGCAUAACAUUCGUUGGUUUGACUGUCGGAAGAAGAGCUUCGUCGAGAAGCACGAAAGAGAAAAGUUCUUUCCUUCCUGAAGCUGAGCGGAAACAAUUCGUUCUCGCUCGCUUUCGAUCUGCGGAUACGCAAGUACUGUCACUGCACGACUUCGAAGUUGAAGAAAAGCCAAAAUUUUCUGCAUAUAUAGCGCCGUGCGCCCGAUUUAAUAGACUGGACGCGCUCCGAGGGACUCUCAUGCACGUGAUUAUUAAUAAUAAGAUAUUAAUAAUGAUGCUAACAGUGCGGAUGAGAGGCCACCUCAGCGGGUGAGAUAAAACCGAAUCUCUAGUUUAAGAUGUAGAAAUCAACGACCUAAGUAAUUAAUUUGUUAAAUAACGAAUUAAUUAAUCUUGUCUUGGCUGCACACUGUUUCACGUGAAAUCGGUCGACUGGUUGAUUAAAAAUAGGAUUGGAGUAUGUGCUUGUGUAUUUAUUUAUUGUUACUUCUUCUAUGCGUCAUUCACUUAUUUUCGGACUUUUUCCGAACGUAUUCAUAGAAGAAAGGCUUGCAAAGAACUCAAAGUUUAACAUUAAAAGAAACAUAUUUUCACGUUCAAAAAAAAAAAUCUCUGUAUCAUAGUUCGUAAGAUUACUAAUACUUAAAUUAUUCUUCACUGGUCUUGAAGGGAGAAGAAAAUUAGAAAUCCAUGUUGAUUGCGUAUAAAUUAUGCAGGCUUUAUGAAAUAUUCUUAGAAAAUAAGAAUUAAUAGAAUAACA